ACAAAUACGACGUCGUUGAAAAGCGAUUCGUUUUCUUGAACCAAACACACGCAGUGAUCGAAAGAAGAGUUGGGUGAGAACUGAACAUUGUUUCGAGAAUUCAAUUGCAGGAAAACGAUAACGAUUCGCAAAGAAACGAUGAUCAGCAUUCUAACCCAGGAGCGGCUACUAGGUGCUUCACUCGGAGUGAUUUUGACCGGUGCGGUUGUAUUGGAGCAACGCAGAUACAUCUACUCUUCCAUUUCCAAUUCUCAAUCUCAAUCUCAGGUUAGAGAACCGAUAUUUGGGAAGAAAGCACGUUCUGAAUUCGCACACUUAUGGAACAAGACUGUGGAUCAGGCUUUUGGACCUUUGAUAAAGUCUCUCAGCUCACGUGGAUGGUAGAAACGUUUUGAGUGAUUUUACUACUCUAAGUACUAUAUUGUGUAGUGGUGAUGUCAAAACAAGCUAUACUUGGUCUUAUUCUUUUCGCCUGCGUAUUCUGAAUUGUUUGUUAAACAGUUUUACACACGGGCAGUGGUGACAAUGUUAGAAGGCCAAUGUAAUUUUGUUCGUAUGUUCCUUCAAUAUAUGCAUCAAAAUACCUUAUUUUUC